AUGAUCAGGAUCUUCCCGGAUUUCAGCGUCCAGGUGACAGCCUCGGCGGCCGGAGGAGCCGGGGCUGGUGGCGGAGGAGGAGGCGGCGGAGGCGGCGGGAUGGUGACCGGACCCCCGGUGGGUCGGGUGCCGGUGCCGGUCCCCGGAGCCACGAACGGGACCCCGCAGAGCGUGCAGGGAAUCACCGCCUACCAGCAAAGUGACCCCUACUGGGAGCGGCCAGCUAAUGCAGGCAGUUGCUCCGCCGCCCGGCCCAAGACCCUUCAUCUGGCCGGCCAGCAGCAUACCUCGUCACCAUGGCUGCAGGCUCUGAGGAAGGAGAAGUCACGUGACGCGGCGCGAUCGCGGCGGGGAAAAGAGAACUUUGAGUUUUACGAACUGGCCAAGAUGCUGCCGCUGCCGGGCGCCAUCACCAGCCAGCUGGACAAGGCCUCCAUCAUCCGGCUCACCAUCAGCUACCUGAAGAUGAGGGACUUCGCCAACCAGGGAGACCCGCCGUGGAACCUGCGCAUCGAGGGACCGCCGCCCAACACCUCCGUCAAAGCUAUCGGUACCCAGCGGAGGAGGAGUCCCAGUGCCAUUGCCUCAGAGAUCUUCGAACCUCACCUGGGCAGCCACAUUUUACAGUCUCUGGACGGGUUUGUAUUUGCACUAAACAAGGAGGGACGCUUCCUCUACAUCUCUGAGACCGUCUCCAUCUACCUGGGACUGUCACAGGUGGAGCUGACGGGCAGCAGCGUCUUCGACUACAUCCACCCCGGCGACCACGUGGAGAUGGCGGAGCAGCUGGGCAUGAAGCUUCCUCCGGGCCGAGGGAUGUCUCUGUCCCAGGGAAACGUCAAUGAAGACGGGGCGUCCUCCGCGUCGUCGUCGUCGCACUCUGAGACUCCAGAACCAGUGGAGUCCAGCAGCCCCAGCCUCCUGGCUCCUGACAACUCUCUGGAACGAUCCUUCUUCAUCCGGAUGAAGUCCACGCUCACAAAGAGAGGAGUGCACAUCAAGUCCUCAGGAUAUAAGGUGAUCCACAUCACAGGGCGUCUGCGGAUCCGGAUGGCUCUGACGCACAGCCGCUCAGUGCCCAAUCAGAUCAUGGGGAUGGUGGUGGUGGCUCACGCCCUCCCACCACCCACAAUCAACGAGGUUCGCAUCGACUGUCAAAUGUUCGUCACCCGAGUCAACAUGGACCUGAAGAUCGUCUACUGUGAGAACAGAAUCAGUGACUACAUGGACCUGACUCCUGUCGACAUCGUGGGGAAGAGGUGCUACCAGUUCAUCCACGCCGAGGACGUGGAGGGAAUCAGACAGAGUCACCUGGACUUGAUGAAUAAGGGUCAGUGUGUGACAAAGUAUUACCGGUGGAUCCAGAAAAAUGGCGGUUACAUCUGGAUCCAGUCCAGCGCCACCAUCGCUGUCAACGCCAAGAACGCCAGCGAGAAGAACAUCAUCUGGGUCAACUACGUUCUCAGUAAUCCAGAGUAUAAAGACACGCCCAUGGAUAUCGCCCAGCUGCCAAACCUGCCCGAGAAAACCUCCGAAUCCUCCGAAACCUCCGACUCCGAGUCCGAGUCCAAAGAAAACUCAGACAACGAGAACGCCAAGUCCGAGGGGAAGCCAGGCCACCAAUCAGAGCGCAGCGAGGACCCGGAGACAGACAGCAAACGCCAGCAGCAACCCGGCCAAUCGCAUUGCUCCUCUGAACAGGAAAUGAAACGUCAGGAAGAAGGAGACAGCUCGAGUAACCCUGAGAGCCAGGACAGCGACGACAGUCUGGAACCUUCAGAUGGAGAGGGGGAGGAGCAGGAGGGUAAUCUGGGCGGGCUUCAUAUUAAAGUAGAGCACUAUGGAGAGGGGGAAGACGUACAGCUGCACAACUCGCAGACGUCUUCAUCGGAGGAGGACGAGGAGGAAGAUGAGGAUGAGGACGAUGAGGAGGAAGGAGGCGCGCAGGAUUGCGAUGGUGCUGGAAGCAAACUCCAGAAGAGGCGGAAGAGGAGGAAAGUGCAGAAAUGGGACGGGUCACGAAGUAGGAGGCUCCGCCUGUCCUCGACCACGCCCAGCCCCGUCGCCAUGGGAGAUACCACACCACUGGUGGACCCCGCCCAGGCCACAUCCACCACCUCCUCCCACCUCCUCACCUCCUCCGGCUCCCCAAACAGCGCGGGUGCAACGUCCUCGGUCCUAAAGAUCAAGACUGAGAUGGCAGAACCCAUCAACUUUGACAACGACAGCAGCAUCUGGAACUACCCCCCCAACAGAGAGAUCUCCAGGAACGAGUCUCCGUACAGCAUGACCUCCAAGCCGGCCGCUCCCGGGACCCACGAGACCUUCCCCUCACCCCAGGGAGGCUCUCUCCAGGUGUCCAUCCCCGACUCUGUCCUCACCCCUCCUGGAACAGAGGGAGGGGCCGGGGGAGUGAGGAAGCCUCCCUACAACGGAAGCUCCGCCCCGUCCUCGGCUUCCAGUGCCGCCAGUUUAGCUCCUCCCUCCAGCGCCUCCUCUGCUGACCCGCUGUCUCCUCCUCUCUCCGCCUCCCCGCGGGACAAGCAACAAGGCACUCCCACCACCUCCUCUUCUUCUUCCUCAUCAUCGUCCUCCUCCUCUUCCUCAUCCACCUCUUCCUCUUCACUGCUGUACUCUGGUGACCUGGAGGCUCUUCAGCGUCUGCAGGCCGGUAACGUGGUGCUCCCGCUGGUCCACCGGGUCACGGGGACUCUGGCCCCCACCAGCACCACGGCUCCACGGGUGUACACCACCGGGACCAUCAGGUACGCACCAGCGGACGUCACGCUGGCAAUGGCGCAAGGCAACCUCCUCCCCAACGCCGCCAUGAACUUUGUCGACGGCUCGGGGUUCGGCCUCGACCCCAAGACGCCCAUGGAGAUGCUCUACCACCACGUCCACAGGCUCAACAUGUCGGCAGCCGCCGCCGCCGGCCCGUUCGUCGGUUCUCCGUCGGCCACGGGCGGGAACGGCGCCCUGGGAGGCCAGAUGCCGACCGCAGCCAACGUUUUCACCACAGCAGAGGGACUUUUCUCGACGCUACCGUUCCCGGUGUACAGCAACGGGAUCCACACCACGCAGACCACUCUGGAGAGGAAGGAGGAUUAA